GAAAGCAGCUGAAGAGACCUUUGAAAGCAAAAGCCUUGGGAACGUAUUGAUAACAGGAAAUCCCACCGGCCACCUCAUUAAAUCUGGCAAGUACAAGUAUAACCCAGUUCCCUGGUGUGCUCGGGAAAAGAUUGGCCGCGAAAAGAUGUGGGAAUCGAUCUGCCUAACCAUAGCAGCUACCGCCGGUAACAACAUCGGCAAAGUUCUUCAGAAAAAGGGCACCCUUAUUCUUCCCCCUAUUUCCUUCAAGCUCAAGGUAAUAAAAGCAUAUGCUUUUAACAAAGCUUGGGUUAUGGGUUUUCUGCUGGAUAUUUUUGGAGCCAUGUUGAUGUUGCGAGCACUAUCCCUAGCUCCUGUGUCUGUUAUUCAACCAGUUUCUGGCUGUGGACUUGCCAUACUUUCAAUAUUUUCCCAUUUUUAUUUAAAGGAGAUCAUGAAUGCUGUUGACUGGAUUGGAAUAGUUUUGGCUGGCAUUGGAACCAUAGGUGUUGGUGCUGGAGGAGAGGAGCAAAAGUCAUCGUCAAUCUCAAUGUUCCGUAUACUUUGGCUAGCAUGUGCUGUUGCAAUCUUGUUUGUCCUUCUUAAUGGAUGGCAGCGAAUGUACAGAAGGCAAAGAAGGGAGCACGAAUUGAUGCAGUAUGAAGUUGUUGAGGAAAUAAUUUAUGGCUUGGAAUCUGGCAUCUUAUUUGGGAUUUCAUCUGUGGUGUCAAAGAUGGGCUUUGUACUAUUGGAGCAGGGCUUCUCCCACUUACUGGUCCCCAUUUGUAUUUUAAUGAGUAUAUGCUGCAGUGCUUCUGGUUUUGUUUACCAGACACGUGGCUUGAAGCAUGGGAGGGCCAUUGUGGUGUCCACAUGUGCUGCUGUUGCAUCAAUUGUGACUGGUGUACUGGCUGGAAUGCUUGCUUUAGGUGAACGAUUGCCUGAAGCACCCAUUGCUCGUCUCUGUCUUUUACUUGGAUGGUUAUUGAUUAUAUCCGGCGUGGUUCUACUAGUAACUUCAGCAAGGCUGGUGCGGUACCUUCCACGCCCUUGGCGACGUGUUUUACGAAGCAGUGUUGAGAGGAACGUUGGCAUUAGGCAUUCCAGUUCCAUCCGUGGUAGAGAACAGAGUCCAAGUACUGUUAUUCAAGCGUCUGCAUUACAUCAUUUGAUAACAUCUCCUAAAGAGAAAGCUUAAAUUGAUUAACACUGCACCCAGUUAGCAUGCACCAAAUUUUUUUGUAAAUGAGCUUGAUUUUGACUUGACAUAAUUUUUGGUGUUUUUGGUUCUGGAGUGUAUAGAGCACAACCGCAUGUUACAAGUGAUACUAAGGGUGAAGUUCACUAUGAUGAGCAUUUUAGGGCAUGCUCGUAUAAGCCUAUUUCAAAAGAGUUUCAGUUGAUUCCUUUGCUGUCUUAUACGCA